UCAUACCUCCAGGUCCAGGACCCUUCCCUGGACUGUUGGACAUGUGGGGGGGCGGUGGAGGGCUGGUGGAGUACCGUGCGGCCCUGCUGGCGUCACGUGGUUAUGUUUCUAUGGCGCUGGAGUACAUCAGGCCCACUGAGCUUGAGUCACUGGGAAUGAACUAUUUUGAGACUGCGUUUAAUAUCAUCAGGGACCAUCCUCAAGUGCACCCGGACAGAGUUGGGAUUUUCGGCCUUUCUCUCGGCUCGAUCGUGACCGUCGCAUUGGCGGCUGAGAGCAGCAUCAUCGAGCCUCGUUGUUGUGUUUGUGUCAGCGGUAACCACCUUUACCCACGCGGAAAAACGCUGAAAGAACUCCAUCACGCCAUGUUCAUCAGGGACGCUCACAAGUUACGCGUGGACGAGAACAACUGUGAGAUCUGGCGAUACAUGGGUCUGCCCGUCAACGCCGACCUCUCACAGACGGUGGACGUAAGCACAUUUUGCACUAAUAACAAAUUUUAUUAAA